GGUAGGCAGGGCGGGCAGCCCUCGUGUGACAAUACGGAACGCGGAUCAGCGAUGGUUUGCCAGCUGGAGCCCUCCGAAGCCCUUUCGAGGUUCUUUCAAUGAAGCGCCCGACCUGCUCCGGAGUUUGGGCGUGUUCACCGUAAGCAAAGGGAAUACUUUUCCAAGCAGACUUUGGCCAGUGCGGGCAUGUGAGAAAGGUUUCCUUUUUUUUUUUUUUUUUUUUUUUUUUUUUGCGCAUGUUCUUCGGCUUUUCGCGUAGCCUUCUCCUGCCUUCUGGAGAAGGGGGUAAGCGGCGGCGGCGGUGGCCGCGGUGAAGGAGGAGGAGGAGUAGGCUCGACCUUCCCCUAUCCGGAGCCCCCUGCCUAUGGACGACGGUGGUCCCCUGUCUCCCAGGGCAAAUGCUUUCAGUAUUGCCUCUCUGAUUUGCGCUGCAGAGCAAGCAGGAAACGCUGCGUCGGAAAGGCGUCGCGCCGGCCUGGACAAACCAGACGCGAACAAGCGCGGCUGCCGCACCAUGCACUACAGCACCGUCACCCGAGAAAUGGAAGCCUUCACGACCAGCAGCCUGAGCAGCCUCAACACCCCGGGGGGCUACCACCUGUCCCCCUCCCCCGGGGACCCUUACAGUCAGCACGAGGCCCACUUUGAGCCCUGCCCGGCCGCCCAGCCCGGCUACGGCUACCCGGCCCAGGCCCCGCCACAGAGCGACCCCGCCGGGACCCCUUGCUCGUCGUCCUCGUCCUCGUCCACCCCAAACAGCAAGACCAUGGUCAAGAAAAACCCCAAGGUGGCCAACAUCAGCGUGCAGCUGGAGAUGAAGGCCUUGUGGGACGAGUUUAAUCAGCUGGGCACGGAGAUGAUCGUCACCAAAGCCGGGAGGAGAAUGUUCCCAACUUUCCAAGUGAAAAUAUUCGGGAUGGAUCCAAUGGCGGACUACAUGCUCCUCAUGGACUUCUUGCCAGUCGACGACAAACGUUACAGGUAUGCCUUCCACAGUUCUUCGUGGCUGGUGGCGGGCAAAGCUGACCCCGCCACCCCCGGCAGGGUCCACUACCACCCGGACUCCCCGGCCAAAGGCGCCCAGUGGAUGAAGCAAAUUGUUUCUUUUGACAAACUCAAGCUGACGAACAACCUCCUGGACGAUAACGGACAUAUCAUUCUCAACUCAAUGCACCGCUACCAGCCCAGGUUCCACGUGGUCUACGUGGACCCUCGCAAGGACAGCGAGAAAUACGCGGAGGAGAACUACAAAACUUUCGUGUUCGAAGAAACUCGCUUCACGGCGGUCACGGCGUACCAGAAUCAUCGGAUCACCCAGCUGAAAAUAGCCAGUAACCCUUUUGCAAAGGGCUUCCGGGACUGCGACCCAGAAGAUUGGCCCAGGAAUCACAGGCCAGGCUCGCUGCCAAUAAUGAGCGCUUUUGCCAGAACAAGAAACCCAAUGUCGUCUCCUCCUCAGCAGAACGGCACAGAGAAAGAUGACAGCAGGCGGGAAUACGAGCGAGAGCCCGGUGGCACGCCCAUGCACGCCGACCCGGCUCACCAGCUGAUGUCCCGAGUCCUCAGUCCCGCCCUCCCGGUCCCGGGAGGCCUUCACGCCGUGCCGCUCAGCGGUGGCCGCCCGAGUCCUCCACAUGACCUCAGGACGGACCCUCACAACCUACCCCCGGACACUCUGCACCACCACCCUUACAAGUACCCCACCACCUAUGAACACUACUUGGGAGCCAAGACCAGGCCGUCGCCUUAUCCGUUACCCGGCAUCAGAGGACACACGUACCACCACCACAUGAACCCAGCCACAGCGAACAUGUACUCAGCCACCAGUGGACCAGCAAACUAUGACUACGGGCCCAGAUAAUGACUGCUAACAGCGCACUGCAUUGUGGGAAUGGGGCCGGGCAAGCCUUGAAACUUUUGAUGCCACACGCAACCUGCAUGGUGCGUUCACAGACUGAAACUCCUUUCUGCGAAAUAAAACAUGCUGUAUUUAUUUAAAGAUGUUCUACAGGAAGCAAGGGCACCUGCGUUAAGGUCUCCUGUGACCUUUGAACCCAACAAUCAUUGUUCUGCAUCAGCCAGUCCGAGCAAUACAAUCACUCAGCCAGCAGACUGAGAACACGUUUGAUCACAGACUGGAAUUGAUUUUUUUUUCUUGUUCUUGUGUUGAAUGCACUUUUUGAUUUGCCUUUUGUCUCUCAUGCUUUCAAAAAAGCCAUACAUUAUGUAAUCUCUCACCCUUGAAGGUUGGUGACACGUUUGCAUGUUGUGCUCAUCGGAAAGGCUGUGGAAACACAUCAAAAAAUGUUUUAGUUUGAGGAGGUGAGGAAGAAAAAAACAAGUUUGCUCAUCAAACGUGAACAUUUUUAGCCUCUCUGACAAGCUUGUAGCGUGGCGCUGACUUGCAGCAAUUCAAAGAAAAACUAAAUGAAGCAGAAUGACUGUUCUGUGUCUGUAAAGUGAAUAUUAAAUUCCAAUUAUUCUAUUCACAUUUGUGUGUGGCGCUUCCAUUGAAAAGAUCAAGACAAAAACAUGAUGUAGUAUCAGGAUUGAGAAAAUUAGAUGAUUCAAUUUCAAAAUGUUUGUAACUGUAAUCACUGAUUAUAGAAAAUGUCUAAUUAAGUAAGAGCUGAUUUUGGAAUUUUCUAUGAUUACAAUUUCAGUUUCGUUUGAAAAACAGGGGAAAAAAGCCCCCCCCCCCAUCCUAUAUGACUUCUUCCUUCUAAAGCCGAUGCGUGUGAUUGGCUCUCUCUGGUCCGAUGGCAUUCUUCAGUAGUCUCAAACAAGACGUAUUUUUCCAAAUAUAACUUUGAAGAACUACCUUAUGGUGCAAUCUAUUAUUAUAUCUGAGAUUGUGAAAAGGCAAGAGCCAUCGUUACACAUAGACAGUUUUUUUAAUGGGAAAAUCACAUUUGGUUUGUCAUAUGAAAUGACAUUUUCAAAAUGAUUGGAAGGACAAUGUGAUACAAUACGGAGGGUUUUCAUAUGAUGAACAUGUAUACAAUAAUGCAACAUGCAACACGAAUACAGUUUUUAUGCUGCAUUUAAGGUGGCAUGGUGGAUCAGCUGGUAAAGUGUUGACCUCACAGCUCUGAGGACCCGGGUUCAAUCCCAGUCCUGCCUGUGUGGAGUUUGCAUGUUCUCCCCGUGCCUGCGUGGGGUUUCUCCGGGCACUCCGGUUUCCCCCCACAUCCCAAAAACAUGCAACAUUCAUUGCACACUCUAAAUCGCCCCUAGGUGUGAUUGUGGCUGGUUGUCUCGAUGUGCCCUGCGAUUGGCUGGCAACCAGUUCAAGGUGUACCCCGCCUCCUGCCCGUUGCCAGCUGGGAUAGGCUCCAGCACUCCCCCCGAACCUCGUGAGGGUAAGUGGCAAAGAAAAUGGAUGGAUGGAUGAUGCAUUUAUAUCUCAUGUUUUGUUAUCACUUUGGGUAAAGAACAAAAAUGUAAAAUCCAAAACAAUGAUGUAUGGUUUUAAUCCUCUUUUUUCAAAGAAACAUCCCAGGAUUGAUGUGUUAAUUCCAGAUGAAGAAGUCAAGCGGGUAACUAGCAGUAAUUAUAACCAACUAUAUUUCCAAAGUAAUCUUCCUUACACUCAAAAUACUGUAUAGUACAAAUUGUACUGUAAAUUGGUGCUUUCACCAAAGGAAACAUGUUGUUGUACAUUCCCCCAUAUGUGCCCUAAAAAGGAUCCCAUUGUUCAUGUUUAAUGGGAUAGUUUGGUGAUAUUUCCAGUUUGGUGUUAUCUAAUUCAGCCAUUUCCUCAUCUACGUAUGAUGAAUGGUUUUUUUUUUUUUUUUUUUUGGGGGGGGGGGGCAAGGUUAAUCUUACUUGGGGAGAAAAGCCUUGCUUCAGGAUUUGUGCCUGUCAUGAUACAAAGGGAAACUCAUUCAAAUGUUUCAUUUAAUCGUGUAUUUUAUCUUAUUUAUUAUUUUGCCUUGAAAGCAGUUGCCAUUGAAGGGGAAGCAGCGUGAAAGAAUGCCUGAGGGAUCAUGACCUCUGACUGUUUAAUGGCUUGUAAAUGUGUCAGAGGUUAAAUAAUGUUUCCACUCAUUUAAACGGGGACUAAUUGACUGUAUAAGUUUCUGAUUUGUUCUGGAUUGCUUCCACUUUGCAUGCAAAAAUAUUUUAAUGAAUGCAACUUUUAACAUUGAUUUACAAGCUUCACCUUUUAACAAUAAUCUUAAAAAAAGAACAUUUUGAAACGUUUGAAUUUAAAAUAU